AUGCGUGGUGCCGCUUCACCUUGGUCCCGCCUGGCACUCUUGUGUGCGUGUGCGAGUGCCCUGUCGAUCGCGGGCUUGCUUGCCGCGUUCCCUCAUGCUCGGGUCCGCUCAUUCGUCUCGGGCUCGCCUCGCCCAAGUUCACGGCCUCCACUCACGCUCACCCGCUCCAAUACGUUCACGAUUGCCAUCUUUGCCGACUUGCAUUUUGGCGAGGAGGAACAUGGGUGGGGCAUCGAGCAGGACGUCAACUCGACGCGAGUCAUGGACAACGUCCUGCAGGCUGAGAAACCCGACUUUGUAGUCUUGAACGGAGAUCUCAUUACUGGCGAAAACACGUUUCGUGAGAACAGCUCGGCCUACGUUGACCAGAUCGUCCAGCCGCUAUUGCGUACGAGGACACCGUGGGCGUCUACGUACGGGAACCACGACUCUAAGUUUAAUCUAUCUCGGGCAUCUAUUUAUCAGGCAGAGUCACGCUACGAGCUUUGCUAUACGGAGAGUGGCGAUCAUUCCUUGCCCGGAAUUACCAACUAUUACCUCCCUGUCUGGACGGCUGAGAGCAAAUCUCCCGCCCUGAUCCUGUGGUUCUUCGACAGUCGCGGUGGGGCAUCAUAUCAGGGCUCGCCGCCUGAUGUUGAUGAUAUCCCUAACUGGGUCGCACCCGAGGUGGCUUCGUGGUUUUCCAACGCCCAAUCGCAGCUUCGUAGAGAGUACGGCGAGGACAUCCCCGGUGUAGCCUUUGUACAUAUCCCGCCACAGGUCUUUCGCUCUGCCCAAGAGGUCGGCCUCGAUCCAUCGAGAUAUCCCGGGUUAAACGAAGACGUUCCCGUCGACAUCCAAGGCCGGGGAUCCGAGGACGAUGCCUUUGUCGCCGCUCUACUUUCGGCUCCGGCGUUGCAUAGCGUGCACGUUGGACAUGAUCACGGCGACUCGUGGUGUAGCACCUGGCCCGGCGAGGACAGGGCAUCUUCCGCUCCUUUUCUAUGCUUCGCCAAGCAUACGGGCUACGGGGGUACGGGUCGUGGGAUCGAGGUGCGCGGAUCCUCCAGCUCUCGGUUCCGGCUAGAGGGAACCGCAACAUGGGUGUCGAGACUUGGGUGA